CGCGAAGAAAGUCUUUCAGCCGCGCGGGGAGGUGCAGUAGCGUCCGCGGAGAUCACGCCGGGGACGCCCAGACCGACAGCACAUCAUCCCCCCAUUUCACCGUCGAGCACUCUUCCGCCAUCACUCACCCUUUCUUUCUCUAGAGACACUCGCUGGUGACGGCUGUGUUGUUGCAUUCACGCUUCGUUCAUCACCCUCAACGUCAUCUUCAUCAGAUGGAAUCUUCUAACCCUCUUUCAAGACCCCUUGGUAUCCCUCUGCCUUCUGCUCGCGUGAUCACCGAUGUGGCGAGCUGAGAGCACCGGCGACCUUACAGAAACCAAGGAGUCGGCCAUGAGAGGCCUAUCGAGGAGGUUCCUGCUUGCCUUUUGCGCCUCCCUCGCCCUGUGCUAUAUCUUCCUGCUCCACAGCUCAGUUGGCAGCCUUCCAGUUGCCCCUUCACGAGAACGACCGCAUCUCGACCAAGAAGGCCGCAAGGCUGUCGUGUUAGACGCUUUCCAGCAUGCGUGGAACGGCUACUCCAAGUACUGCUUUGGGCGCGAUACGCUGCAUCCCGUAACCAACGGCUGUGUGGACGACUUCGGCGGAUAUGGCGCUACGGCAAUCGACGCUCUAUCUACCGCCAUCAUAUUCGGCAAGGAAGACGUGGUGGUGCAAAUCCUGGACUUCAUCGCUACUCUGGAUUGGACAAAGGUAAAGGGGGGAGCGCGAAUCCAAGUCUUCGAAGUCACCAUCCGGCACUUUGCUGCAAUUAUCUCGGCCUGGGAUCUCCUGAACGGCCCCUUUGCUUCGAUGGCGCAGAGCUCAACUCUCAGGCAGGCGCUGUACGACCAGAUGGUGAAGCUAGGAGACACGCUGAGCUGCGCUUUCGAUACUCCCAGUGGUAUCCCUCGUGGCUGGGUCGACCCCAAAGCGUGCGAAUCCGAUUUGGCCACGUCGAAUACCGUCGCCGCUGCCGGUACCCUGAUCCUCGAAUUUGGGAGGCUGUCCGAUAUUACAAAGGACAGCAAGUAUGUUCGUCUGGCGCGGAGGGCGGAAGAAUACUUGCUUAGGCCUGAGCCGGCUGACAGUGAGCCAUUCCCGGGGCUCCUCGGUUCCACGGUAGACGUGAGCAGCGGGGAGAUUUUGGACUCCAGCGGCAGUUGGGGGGCUUCUGCAGACUCCUUCUAUGAGUACCUUCUCAAAGCGUACAUCUACGACAGCGAGCAAUACGGCUCUUACCUCGAACGCUGGCUCGUUGCAGCAGAUUCAACCAUCACUUCCAUCGGCUCGCAUCCUUAUGGUCACCCCGAGUGGACCUUAUUGUCAACCUGGAACGGAGAAGACGUAAAUCACAUCAUGGAAUCGCUGGCCUGGUUUGCCGGCGGGAACUUCAUCCUAGGCGGAAUGGUAACAGCGAAUCAAACCCUUGUCGAUUACGGUCUCUCCAUAGCAGAUGCCGCCGGCGCCGUCUACCAGAAAACGAAGACCGGCCUCGGACCCGAGUUCGUCACGUGGGACCCUAUUUGUCACGGGUCUUGCAAGCCUGAUGAUGCGCUGCAAAUCGUUGGCGCCCAGUUCCGACUCCGGCCGGAGGUGUUGGAGACCUGGUACUACGCUUACCGCGCCACGAAGAACCCAAAGUACCGAGACUGGUCGUGGGCGGCGUUCGAGGCCAUUCUCGAGUACUGCCGCACCGACUCUGGGUUCAGCGGGAUCGUGAACGUGAAUGCUGCCGACGGCGGGGGGAAGACGGAUGUGCAGGAGAGUUUUGUGUUUGCGGAGGUGAUGAAAUACGUCUACUUGACGCAGCUCGAGGAUGACCAUGCCCCGUUCCACGUCCAAGAUAGUCGAACGGGCGUGACGAAUACUUGGGUCUUCAACACGGAGGCACAUCCUCUGAAGGUCGUUGGUAAGCCUGUAUGAGGCGCCAUACAAUUGGCUCUUCGGACCUUCAAUUCGACUUUCAGGUCAUUUCAACAAAACCCAUUUUCGGGCCACGGCGAAGAAGCGUGCGGUCGCACGACCACAGUGAAUGUCCACUGAACGCUCGACAUUCAGCGCGACGCAAUCUCGAUCUGCUGGGCAUUCCAGCUCCCUCAGGGCAACGCGAGGAGUCCCGCGACGUAUGUAGUCUAACGGAUCGGCCGUGACCUAGCUAGAGAUCCGUGGGCGAAAUGUGUGGUAUAUCUAGCGGCGAUAUCGAAACCAUCUACUACGGCAGCCCCAGUGGUUGGGCAGACCGAAUCUUUCAUUCAAUGCUCGUCCCAGCGAUCAAGAUGAUGACAAUGACAUACGGAAACGUCG